AUGUGUCCUGCGCUUACUUACUACGUGUCAGUUACUGAUGGCGAGGACGCCGUAGCUUCUGUCCAGCCUGAAAUCGCUACGUUCGCUGCGGGGUGUUUCUGGGGCGUCGAACAUAUCUUCUUGAAGCACUUCCCCCCGUCGCAGAAUAAGGGGAUCUUGAAGACUGCGGUGGGGUAUACGGGUGGGAACCCCCUGGUUACGAACCCGAGUUACAAGCUGGUGUGUGCGGGCGCGACGGACCAUGCAGAGGCGGUGAAGAUCGAGUUUGACCCGUCGAUCGUAAGCUAUGGUGAACUUGUUGAGUUCUUCUAUCGUAGUCAUGACCCAACAACGGUAAACCGCCAGGGAGGCGACACCGGUAGCCAAUACCGCUCAGCAAUCUUCACACACUCCCCCGAACAAGCUACCACCGCCCAAUGCUUAACGGAAGAAAUCCAGGCAAAGUACUUCACGCCAAAGGGAAAGAACAUCGUCACGGAGAUCAUCCCAGCCGGCACGUGGUGGGACGCCGAGGAUUAUCAUCAGCUGUACUUGUUCAAGAACCCGAAUGGGUAUCAGUGCCCGUCGCACAAGUUACAUUGGUAG